GUCGUACUGUAGGCUCCAGCAGGCGGAGACAAAUGGGAAAAAUACUGUAGGAGAUGGACCCAAAUUAUAAUUCUAAUCUUUACUUUGGGAGCUGUGCAGGUUGCAGUAAAGCAGUGCAGGGGGAAGGGAGUGCCUGCCGGGCGAUGGGACAUUUAUUUCACGACGCUUGUUUUACCUGCAGCGUUUGCAGUAAAAAGCUCAGCAGCAAGCCAUUUUAUACAGUGUCAGGAAGAAUCUAUUGUGAGGAAGAUUUUUUGUAUUCAGGAGUUCAUCCAUCUUCAGAAGUGUGCAACAGCUGCGGACAUUUAAUCAUGGACUUGGUCUUGCAGGCUCGGGGGAAGUCCUACCACCCGUCCUGCUUUUGCUGUGUUGUCUGCAGACAGAGCCUGGAGGGUCAGCCCUUCUCUGUAGACACAGAUAACAGGGUUUACUGUGUCAGAGACUACCACAAGGUCCAAGCGCCCCGCUGUGCUGCCUGCAGAGUGCCGAUACUGCCAACUGAGGGGUCUACAGAGUCUAUUCGAGUGGUAUCAUUUAACAGAAAUUACCAUGUAGAGUGCUAUAGUGGUGAGGUGAACCUCAUUUGAGGACAGGAGCAGGCUGAUAUACAUCUCUAUGUGUUUUUCUGCAGGUCUUUGUUUUGUGAAUGUAAAACAUUAAAGAGAAGUUGAUGAAUCUGUGGCGUUUUGCACAAUUUCAUGUCUAAAAUAAAGUCACUUCAAACGUAAA